GGCGCUCGGCGUAUUCGCGCUGCCCCCAGCGAGAUGGGAUUUUAAUCGGGUACGCGUGGAGGGAUCGCGCGCUUCGCGAGUUGUCAAUUCGCGAUUCGUGAUUGAAUAACCAGUUUUCACGCUGACGCUCGCUCGGUGGACUCGUCGGUAACGAGGCGACGGUUCGCGGCGUCCAGGCACCGAUCGACAGAAUGGACACUGGGAUCUCGUAGCAAAACGCCAAGUGAAACGCGCGAGUCCGUGGGGCAGGGUGCGAUAGGGAAGAGAAAGAGAGAGAGAAAGCGUGGGGGAGCGAGACGGAGCGUGUGAAGCCAACGAAAGGAAGAAGAAGGCAGGAAGAGCGGAAAGGCAGACGUUGGGAAGGCAGCGGGAAGGAUUGCGAGGUCCGUCACGCGCCAGGUGUCUCGCAGCGGAGAGGCUGCCUGCUGGAAAACUGCGCGCAGUUUCCCCGGGAAGAAACCAAAAAAAAUGAGAACGAUCUCUUCGUAAUCGUGAAACCACAGGAGGAGGACUUAGCGCUCGAGACGGUGGGAGAUGUACGGUGCCGAGCGGGAAGAGGUGUCGGAAAGUUGGUUGCACACGUAUGAUUUGAGCAGCACGAUGAUACCCAACGUGAGCACGGCGCUCGACGACGAGGAGCACUUCUGCAAGCUCAUCCUCUACAAGGAGAUCAGAGAUUCCAGGGUGCGAAUAUGGGACGUCGUCAUCUUAGUGCCGAAUCUCUUGUUCCUUCUGUUCAUCGCCAUGCGAUUCAACCGAGCGAGGCUGAAGCUGCGCGCAACAAGCAGUCCGAUAUUCUUAGCGUUUUACGGUCUCGUCAUUUGCAACGUCGUGAUAUCGGUGGUACGCUGCGUGGUGUCCAUGACGGUGAACGCGGCGGCGACGGUCGGUGGUAAGGCCGACAAGGUGCUCUGGGUCACAGUUCGAUUUUUUCUACUAUCCACCGAGAUGAGCGUAGUUAUAUUUGGUUUGGCGUUCGGCCACUUGGACAGUCGCUCCAGUAUUCGCCGAGUAUUGCUUGCUACGUCGCUCAUAGCCUUGGCGUUCACAAUCACUCAAGGAACGCUGGAGUUGGUCUUGCCGGACGACACGUUUCAUAUUCCCAGCAGGGACUUCUACGUGUUCGGUCACGGCGGCAUGAUGUUUUGGUUCUGCAGCAGUCUCGUUUUUACCACGAUAUAUCUCUUUAUAUUGAUACUGCCAUGGACACGGUUGCGGGACCGUUUAGCUCUUCCCACACGGAAAAGCUUUUACGUUUACGCCGGAACGCUGGCGACGUUGGACCUGGUGCAAUCGAUCGGUGCUGGUUUCUUAAACUACACGCAGAAUCCAGUGGGCCUGUGCAUCGUAGACAUCACCGCGGCGGUGUAUCUAACUCUCUUCACCCCUCUGGUUUACCACACGUUCCUUUCGGAGUUCUUCGGGGUCUCGCAGCCGUCGAUAAUGUUCUCGUACAAAGCGCAAGUGGACGACGCGAUGGACGAAGACACGGUGUCGUUGCCGCAUCAACAGAGUUUCUCGUCCUUGAAAACCGACAGCGAUUACAUCUAUCAGAAUCACAGUGUUUAUGACUCGACCCAAUUCGACACGAACGCUACGCCAAUCAACCCGCUCUAUGCGGCAUCGCUGCAAAGUCCAGAUAGUAUUACCGGUUACAGUAUAGACAGUCAAGAGGCGCAGAACCCGCCGAAUGGUUACCAGCAAUGAACCGUCGUAAAUGUCGGCGCUCUGUAUGUGCGCGCGAAACGAACGAACCACGAGCGAAUCUGGAUACGAACGAUUAUCCAACGCAUCAAAAAUCGCAAAUCUACCAAGAGCUUUAUGAAAUCCAGAGAAUCUCAUGUUCUCUCGCUUUGAGAGCGUGUGUCGUAAAAGUGAAGAGAAAAAACAAGUAAAGAAAGAGGAGAACAAGGAAGAAGGGAAGGGAAAGGGAAUUUGUGAAUCGGAACAAAGUAUAGCUCCGGUUGCUGUGAAACCUGUCGAAGGAAUCUAGUCGCUCUUGAAUACUGUUAAGGUCGUAAUACGCGAUACGAAUGCUUGCGGUCUCCAUGUGAUAGUUGGCGCGACGCGUGCCCAACGCGUGAUUGCGAAACGCUGGGAGAAACCGCAAAGAGAAAAAAUCGAAAAGAAAAAAAAGAAGAAAAUGAAAGAACGGAAAAGUUGCUCGUUAUAUAUAAUUUUUAGUUCGCUUUACUUAGAACGUUCUCGCGAGAAACAAGUAGAGAGAUCACUACUGAUUCGUGUUAGUUUUGUACUUAAACUCAAGAGAUUCUUGCUGCACACGAAGGUCGAAUUUCCUUUCGGCAUUAAGUACAUUUGUCACGCAUUUAUCAAGGGAAGUAUGAGAUGUUCAGGUCAUCCCAAAGAACUCGCGUGUAUCCUCUCUCUCUCUAUCUCUCUCCCUCCCUCUCUCUCUCUCUCUCUCUUUCUCUCUGCCUCUCUCUCGAUGACACUCAACAUGCGUCGAAGGUAUCGCCGCACUCAGUUGACGUUCAAUUAUAAGCAGAGUCUCGAGGGGGAUGAGAAAAACUUCUUCGAGUUUUAUCCUAGAAUAACAUCGGGCGAUUCUACCAUUCUACCUGCGCCGAAUCAUCGUUACCCGUCGAAGCUCAGACACGACGAUGAUGGAGAGACACGUGACCUUUUGGGAUACCCUGCAUAUCAAGUGCGAUAAUCAUCCGCGCGGUAAUAAUCAUUUCCGUAUUGUUUUGUAUCGAGAAUCGCAGGCUGCCUUGUGUCCCGGCUUUGUGGAUUCUCAACGCAAAUGUGUGUGUGUGUGUGUGUGUGUGUGAGGGGGAGGAAGAGAGAAAGAGAGAGACAAACAAUUUAGAUUUAACUUUUGGAAAACUUGCUUAUCGUUUCUCCGUCCUUCUCAUCAAAGUGGUGGACCGUCGUGUCGCACGAAGGUCCUCCUCGAUUGCGCGCGAAGCGGCAAGCCGGACACUCGCUAUUUUCCUACUUUUGCAUCGAAAAAUCAUUAGAUCGAUUAAGGACAAUAGGAGUCAUUAUAAGAUAAUAAAACGUCUCUCGCGCGCGCGCGGAGAUAGGGACUAGUUAGACUUUUAAGGGAGGAGAGGAGGGGGGAUGAACUCCCUUCGAGAUGCUCCAGUAAUUAUUACGAAGACUCCAUCCAUGGUGUAUAUAUAUGAUCUGUACUCUAGUGUAAAGGGGCUAUUUAUAUAUAUAUAUAUAUACUAACAUAUACAUAUAUAUAUAUAUAUACAAACCACGUAUAUAUGUAUAUAUAUCGAUAUUACGUAUCUAUACGUGAGCGCAUCGUAAUUCAACUGGUGAAUUCCGGCGGGUCCUAGAACAAUGGCUCCUGCGUCGCUCGUGUUUUUCAAUCGACGGACCGCGCAGGAGGGGAGAAUAAAAAAACAAAGAAACGGAAAUUAAGGGAAAAAAAUUAGCGUUUAGUAGUUUCGCGCGAGGUUGUAACGUAGACACUUCUCCCGCCGUUCUCCCACACGAAAAGAAAAAAGAAGAAAAAAGCGAGAAGACGGAGAAAGGGGAAAGCGGGAGGCGAGGGAAGGCUAGUAGUGACGUAACUACUGUGUAUUUUCUAGCGUUAAUCUACUCGAAUCCUGUAUAUAUUAAACAUACGCGAUACGAAACGGUAUGCAUGGAACGGUGUUAACACGAUGAGUCUCUCUCUGUCAAUUGCAAAUCAUUCUUGCUUUUUACGAUCUCCGGACUACUUACUCACCCUGCAUUCCUCCCACGAGCGUUAUUCGCGAUCGUCUUACUAUGUGAUUCUUUUGUAAGCGUCGAGUGCAGCGUAUAAGGCAAUAUUGUGACCGCGUAAUGCAACUAUAUUUAAUUAAGAGAGAGGAAGAGCGAACGACGAAAUAAGACGAAAUAAAUUGCAUUUCAAUGUAA